UGUUUGGAAGCUGGGAGAAGAUGGUAAGUCUUGGAGGAAACUAUAUGAAAUGUGGUUGAGUGAGACAUCAUGGCGCAUUUAUGACCUUGAGUAUAUGCAAUCUUUUGGUCGUCAUGGUUUUGCAAUCUUGUCUUCCAACUUGCGGACGGGUGAGCUAGAGUUCUUUGGUCCUGUGGGACAAUGUCUGGUUCCUAUCGUGAGUUUUCAGCCUGGCCUCUCUAGCUGCCCUAUUUCGAAUCCAAGGUAUAAGGAAUUGCGAGUUCUGUAUGAUGGAAGCUACAAUUGUUUGGUUCAGACUGUGGAAGCAACUCCUUGGAUAAUUGCAAUAGAAGAAGAAUGUGCGCGCCAACCCGCUGACGGAUUAGAGUUGAGUUAAGCUAUUCACGGAUUAUGAAUGGGGGUUGCUGCAAUUGGUAUUACUUAUGCUUCUGAUAAUUUACUUCUUUAUCUUUUCUCCCCUUGUUCUUCUGUGUUCCGAGUCUUUGCUAGGGUUUGAGAAUGCGCUGGUGGAAGCCGAAAGAAGCAUUUCCAUAUAUUCCCCUAACAGGAUAAGGGAAGACAUCUUGAACAUCCUUACUACUCUCUCAUUUAACAUGCUAUUGCUAAGUAGUACACACAUAACAUGUCUAAUUUUGUGCGAGAUUGCUGAGAAUCCUUUUGUCUUUGCAUGUCUAGUUAUGUACUUAUGUUUCCAAUUGUUUGAGAGUUUUGUCCCU